ACUCACGUUAAAUCACCAGUAUAUUCUAGCGUGGCUCUAGCUGAGGUGUAUUUUGAUUUUGUCCGUUAAAACAGGCUGUGAUACAGCACAGGGUUGAAGUAAUUUGGGAAUAAAAAGAUGAAGGAUUUGCCAGGAGAGUGGGAGGACCAUCAGCUCACGGUUGCUCUGCGCAUCCGACCACUGAACGAUGCAGAGAUCAAGGAGGGUGCAACCACAGUGGCGCACAAGAUUGACAGACAGAUGGUGGUGUUGAUGGACCCCUGUGAGGACUCUGACAAUUUCCUGAGGUCCAACCGCUCACGUGAAAAAACAUACAUGUUUGAUGUGGUAUUCGACUAUACUGCCACCCAGGAGGAUGUUUAUGUGGCAACAACAAAAAAUCUUAUUGAUGGUGUGAUUGCUGGUUAUAAUGCCACAGUCUUUGCAUAUGGACCCACGGGAGCUGGAAAGACAUACACUAUGUUAGGAUUAGAUUCUGAGCCUGGCAUUUACAUCCGAACACUCAAUGAUCUCUUCAGGGCCAUUGAAGACAGCACUGAGGACUUGGAUUGCAGUGUUUAUAUGUCAUAUAUAGAGAUUUAUAAUGAGAUGAUCAGAGAUAUGUUAAAUCCAUCUUCUGGAUACCUUGAGCUGCGUGAGGAUGCUAAAGGCGAAAUACGUAUUGCCGGCAUCACAGAAUUCUCUACAUGUAAUGCUAAGGAGAUAAUGGCUCUUUUGACCAAAGGGAAUAAACAGAGGACUCAGGAGUCAACAGCUGCUAACAAGACAUCAUCUCGCUCUCAUGCUAUACUUCAAGUGACAGUCAAGCAAAAGAGUCGUGUAAAGGAUAUCAACGAGGAGGUCAGGGUGGGGAAGCUAUUCAUGGUAGACUUGGCAGGAACUGAGCGAGCAUCACAGACUCAAAACAGAGGAAAGAGAAUGAAGGAAGGAGCACAUAUAAACCGUUCUCUGUUAGCACUGGCCAACUGCAUCAAUGCCUUGAGUGAGAAGGGUGGGAAAGGAGCUCAGUUUGUCAACUACAGAGAUAGCAAACUCACUCGACUUCUUAAGGACGCUUUAGGAGGAAACAGUCGCACAGUCAUGAUAACCCAUAUCAGUCCUGCCAGCUCCAACUUUGAAGAGUCAAGAAACACACUGGUUUAUGCCGACAAAGCCAAAAAUAUAAGAACCAAGGUGAAACGUAAUUUGAUGAAUGUUUCAUAUCACCUGGCCCAAUAUACAAGAAUUAUUGCUGAUCUACGGAGUGAAAUUGACCGACUUUGUGCAAAGAUUGACCAACAGAGUCAAGAGCAACAGAAAGGAGAGAAAGCAGACAUUCGUGAAAUUCAAGCUGAGGUGCAGCAGUACAGUCAUGGUGAGAUGGCUUUACUGCAGGAGCAGCUCUUGUCUGCCUUCAGGGAGCAGAUGGAGAUCAGGCGCAGCCUCAUGGAGCUGGAGAACUGCAAUAUGGAACUUCAUAUAGACACAUCUAGACAUCUGCUCACCAUCUCAGAUUGGGAGCGUGAUCGAGCAUGUGCCCGGCAAGGGAGAGACAAAGUAACCGGAGAGAAAACAGACAGAGAUAGACAGACAGAGAGAGAGGAGGAAGAGCAAGAGAGUGGACCAGAGGAGCCGCAGUAUGUCACAGCAGCUCGAGAGGAGAUUGGCCCACUACUGGCUGAACAGAGAAAGACAAUGGAGCUCAAACGUGAGCUGGAAGAAAAGUUAAUGAAUAUGAAACUAAAGUCAUCUAAGAUUGAGGAAUUGCUUCCUAAACGCAUAAGUAACCGUGAGCAGAGAGACAUUCUGACAUUGCUUUGCAAGGUUCAUGAGCUAGAACUUGAAAAAACUGAAAUCCAGUCAGCUGUUCUCUGCAAAGAAUACGUUCUCAGAACAAAAGACUUCAUCAUCCAGCGCCACGAGCAGCAGCGGACGCUCUGUGAUGACAUCAUACACCAGCAGAAGGCUCUAAUUGAAGAUCAAGGACUUUGUGUACCUGAGGAGUUACAAGAGCUGUAUUCACUGUACUGUAGUGAAUUAAGUGAUGGACGCGUCGACCAAAUUGUCGACCUUCACACUUUUGCCACAAACCCCAGAGUUCAUGUACAAAAACCAAGACAAAACCCUUCCAGAUAUCCAGCUUUGAAGAGCAUCUCAGACAACCGGCUUGUGCGACCAGCAUUAAACGUGAUCCAGCUACUCAACAGUGGUGCUGAAAACCCUGCAACACCCCCAGUAGCUAAAGUGAAAAACCCUGUCUCUCACUUUACAGGUGAAGUGCAGUUUGAGAAGUUAGAGAUCAGGGGAACACCACCCAGCACCAUCCAUCAAAAACACUCAGAUGUCAAACGAGGACAGACAGCCUACAAACGACAGCAAGGCCUAGGAGAUGUUUCUUACUCCAGCAAUCUCCUACAGCAACCAGGCAAUUACAAGAAGUCCACCAAUGAAAAUCCUAGACAAAAAGGAAUGGCCGAUGUCAACAGAAAGAAUGAAGGACGGCAAAAAAACAAACAUACUGUAAAAAAGUCAUAUGUCUGAGUUUUUCGUUCACAUACAAAAGAACAUAUCUAUUUUUGCACUAAAAUAUACAGCUGAGACUAUGUUAUGCAAGUUAUUUGUCUCUGCUUUGAAA